CUUGCCGGCGUGCCCCCCGCGCUGACCACCGCCCGGGAGACCCAGCUUCCUGUCUCCCGCACCUUCUGCUCGCCCCCGCGCCUGCCCGGCUGUCCGUGGCGCGCCAGGUGAUUCUUCAUUCUGCCAUCUGCAUUUUGGACUCUUCUCAUAAUGGAGUUUCCUGAUUUAGGGAAGCAUUGUUCAGAAAAAACUUGUAAGCAGCUAGAUUUUCUUCCAUUAAAAUGUGAUUCAUGUAAACAAGAUUUCUGUAAAGAUCAUUUCACAUAUGCUGCACAUAAAUGUCCUUUUGCAUUCAAGAAGGAUGUUCGGGUCCCAGUUUGCCCACUUUGUAAUAACCCAGUCCCAAUAAAAAAGGGAGAGGUGCCGGAUGUGGUGGUUGGUGAGCACAUGGAUAGAGACUGUAAAUACCAUCCUGGGAAGAAGAAAGAGAAGAUUUUUUCAUACCGGUGUUCCAAAGAAGGAUGCAAGAGGAAAGAGAUGUUGCAGGUGGCAUGUGACCAGUGUCAUGGCAAUUUCUGUAUUCUGCACAGACAUCCUUUGGAUCACAGCUGCCAACAUGGGCUUCCCCCCAUCAGCGCAGCCGGGUGUUCAGCUGCAAGAGCCUCUGAAUCCAAGUCUUCGGGAACUUUACGCAAGCGGACUUGUAGUUGGCUAGCUCAGCGACUCAGGUGGAAAGUGAAGAGAUGACAGGACUGUAGCUGUUCAAACUGACACAUUAGCUAAGUUACAUUUAUUAUUUUCACUUUAUAGGUAAUGUGUGCUAUAGUGCUUUCAUACUUCCACAGUUGAAAAUUUUUUAAAGUGUUUCCAAUAAAAUGUACAAACUCAUCUUGGUAAAAUGGACAAUCAAAAGGAUAGUAAUAUUUUAAAGUGAGCUAGGCUACUAAAAUAACCUUGCCACCCACCCCCCAAAUUAGAGACAGUAGCUUGAAGAGCAAAGAAUUAGCACCAGAGGCCAAACCUAGACUUCCAGAAGCUUCUUUCACUUAACAUACAAUAGACAGCUCUAUCUUUAUCAUGUGGCUUGUAUAGUGAUUGGCCAUCUGAGCCCAGAAAAGGGGGUCGUUCUUCUGCCUGUGUUGUCAAGGUUCCUUGUCCAAAGGUGGCCUCAUCCGACCUCUCUCAUUCGCUGACAGCAGUCCUGUUACCACACUGACACCACGUAGUGGACUUGGGUGGAUGAACUCAGUGCAAGUCAGGAAAGCUUUCAUUGCCUGGGCCUUGGUGUUAAGAAAUGAGCUGAAACAAGGUGUCACACAGGUUGAGUCCUGAUCUUAACCCAUUGGUAACCCAGCAGUGCAUUCCAAACUCUGCUGAGACCAUUUAUUAUACCUGGACUAACAAAAAUCUGAUUUUAUAACCUCAAAAUACAAUGGUGGGGGAAUGAAGCUUGUAGUUUCUACAAACAGUCUUAUUGGUCUUAUUUGGUGAUACUUGGUUUGGACAUAGGAAUCUGAAACUUGAGCUGCAUCAGAGUCCUGUGAGGCCGGGGGGCUUCUUAAACCAGAGUGCAGGGUCCAUGCCAGAGUUUCUGAUCCUGUGGGUCUGGGGUGGACCCUGAGAAUUUAGCUUCAAGGUGAAGCUGAUAACUCCUGCUCUGGCCACCACAUCUGGACAAACCUUUCUGCCUCUCUGCUGUGCAGUACAGCAGCUAGGAGCCAUAUGUUAUGGAGCGUGAAAAACAUAGCCAGCAGUGUGAUUCAGUUAUUAGAAAACUUUUAAGUAUGUUAGGAACUUAGAUAUGUGAAUCUAUUGUUUCAACUAUAAAUUUUAUAGACUGCAAAUAUAGAUUAGGUCUUUCUCAUGCAAAUAUAAUGUCUAAGUUGAGAUGUAUCUAAAAUGGGGAUCUAAAACACCCUGGGCUUUGAAGACGCCAAGAAAAGGUGAAAUAUGUUUGUCAUUGUCUACAUGUUGAGAUGAUAAUACUUUGGAUAUAACAUGAAAUAAAAACAUUAAACUUUCGGGUUUU